CUUUACGGCGCCCAAAAGCUCGAGCAACGUUCAUUUUUCUUGACAACUUUUAGGAGUACAAGUCACUCUCUCAAGGCAUCACGUCGAGAGGUUCAGACGCUGGCUUCAAAGCAAGCUAUUGUAAAAUCUUUUCCGUGCACGAAGCUACAUUUGCGUAUCGCUACUUUGUUCUUGGCAGCAAGCAAACGUUGUGGUCACGAUCAACAAACAACGGGUAGUCUGCUCGAGGAACUAAACAGGGUGGUACAUUUCUAGCUCGUAUUCAAAUAGAGUGUCACGCCGAUUUCGACCCUCUAUAAAUAGUAUAUGGCAAGUACGAGCGAAUCAAGAACGACAUCAAGUGACUCACAAGGUAGCAAUAGUCACUACAAAAUGCAGCAGACGAUGCCUGGAAGUUGCUCAAGUAUAGUUCCGACUCCUUCGUCUAAUCUCAAUCUUAUCGAACCCUCUCAAUUGCUACCUCCGGAUGAGGUCGACGUGUUUUUUCAUCACCUAGAUAGUUCGGGGAACGCUACCAACACUUGGCCGUAUCCUCCAGGCGCUAGAGCGCAUCCAUAUCGACCAACUAUGUGUCAAAUGACUGCCCAUGGUCCAACUGCGUUUCCUGAUUCACAAACUCAAGUCUCAGCUCAGCCUGGAAGCUGUAGCAGAGUAUUUCUUCCGACUGCACGAGUCCCAUCAAAUCAAGUAUGUCGACCGCAUCAUUUUCACACACCAAUCCAAUGGAUAGAAAGCAAAGCAGCGUCGAACUACGGUUGUUCUGUUGCAACGCCGCCAUCAGUCUGGUGUCCGCCAUUUGCACGUAGCUCAGGGUCGGUUUCUUCCCCUCAAGUUACUCAAGGUAGCUCAUCACUCGGUCAUUCUAUAUUCGCGUUUCCACCGACGCCACCAAAGGACUUACUUCAAGAUGGUUCAGUAAAGCCAAUGCUCGAGCCUUACGGUUAUCCUGACGAGAAAAGUCUUCUCAAGGCUGGCAUGCAAUUCUCCAGCUCGCGUUCUGACUCGUACGCACAACAAGUCGAGGGCAGAGAGUGCAUUAACUGUGGUGCAACGUCCACACCGUUGUGGCGGAGAGAUGGGAGCGGACAUUACUUAUGCAAUGCCUGUGGCUUAUAUCACAAAAUGAAUGGCUCGAACAGACCUCUUAUCAAGCCAAAAAGAAGGCUGUCGGCUGCUCGUCGAGCGGGAACAAGUUGUGCGAAUUGUGGCACCUCGCAGACUACAUUAUGGAGACGAAACGCAAAUGGUGAACCUGUAUGUAAUGCUUGCGGAUUAUACUGGAAACUGCACGCGGUGAAUAGACCCUUGUCGAUGAAAAAAGACGGAAUACAAACGCGAAACAGAAAGGUUUCGUCGAAAACGAAAAAGAACAAGAAGCACAGCGAUAUAAAACAAGAAGACGGCAAACAGGAUGGCAACCAUUAUAUAAGCAGUCAAGAGUCGAUGUUUCCAUUUCCCGGAUCAUCUGUUAUAAGCAGCCAGAUGAUACAUCCAUCAAUGAAACCUAUUCACCCACUACAUCCCGGGUUAUUUGCGCCUAUUGUUCCUCAACAUUCCCUAAGCAGUAUCAGUUGAGCGAUGAGAUCCUUCUGAACCCGCGUGGUUAUUCAUCGUGGGAGUCAAGCCUCCAUAAACAGAGGGUCGUCAGUUGCUCUUUUAACGUUACCCAAUCUCCAGCGGGGAACAAAAAUCCAUAGCAGAAUUUUGAAUACACAAUUUCUUUGCGGUUUUAAUUCAUAUGAAAAAAUACUUGCUAUUGGAGGUGAGGGGCGUUACUAUUAGCGUCCACAAUAGUCGUGACGCAAACAGAAGUAAUAUAUGUGGACCAAACACGUGAAUUGUACAGGUGAAAAAACAGUCAUACACAAAGUAUAUAAAAUUCGAAAAAUGACUUAGUAUUUAAUAAUGGAAAGGGCUGGAAAAAUAUUGAAACAGAUGUAUUAUAGUUUUUAUUCUUUCAGAUGAAGCCUAUAAGGAGUAUAUAUUACAUUAAAUAGAAACGAAAUCAA